AAAUUAAAUUAACGGACAACACUUUUUCCAUGGCUACGAGAGCAUAGAAAAACAUCAAAUUUAGUCAAAUCACUUCCAAUCCGGUUAGCCACUGUCUCUAUGGUAACGAAGCAAUGCCUGCUGUCGUUGUUUGCUUCAAUAUUGAUUUGAACUUUUGUUAUUAUUGCCAUUGAAUAUUUUAUUAACGAAAUUCUGUUCGCCAUACUAGUUAUAACAAUAUUUUAUUUAGCAGUAGUGCAAAAUAUUGUUAAGAAAGCUGGAAAUGUGUGCAAAAUUCAAAGGAUCGCAGUACUUGAAGCUUUGAAUCGUGGAACCGUAACGUUGGAUAGAUUGCGUGCUGGCGUUUUAAAAAUAGUAGUGCGUUUUCUUAGAUCCGUUCGCAUUCUUAUUGGGUGCGUUUUUGCGACCUAUUCAUUCCAUACUGCUGGAAGCUAUCAAAACGCCGAUUUGGUUUUUUUGCACCUCCCCCGAAACCGUGAACGAGUGAAACGAGUCGAUGGAACCGAAAAGAGUAUCAACGAACCUUGCCACCAUGUAUGGUAGGUAAGUCCUUAAGAUGUGGCAGUUGUACUGCUGGGAUGGUUGCGAUGGCUGGGCUGGAAGAGUAUUUGUUGAUUUGAGGUCAUAGCGUGCAUAAGCCGCUUUUAGUCAACGGCACGGACAACGUGUAUAAAUCAGUAUGACAAAAAGCGGGACACAAACAUCAUGCUCACCCCGUCCUAGCGAGAGGGCAAUGCUCUACAUAGUGAACGUGCCAAUGUAGUCCACGUUUCCGAUACCCCGAAAGCCCUUGAAAUGGGUUUAUGCCGCAUCUAGUAGGCUAGUCACAGUCAUGCUGGCUGCACAGUGUUGUGCCAGCAGCGAUGCGGCGUAGAUGGAGGGCAGCAAAUAUCAGCGAAAAAUGCGAAGAGGUCACGAACGGAUGAAGAUUUGCUUCUGCACCGAUCUGGACAAAUCGGUGCUGAUUAGUAACUUUGAAAAGCGUGGCUGGGUGCAGGUGACGGCCGAUGACGACUGGAACUUUUACUGGGCUGGUACGGGCACCUGUCGUAACAUUUUCAGCGUCGACAGCGGGUACCGGAUGCACGACAACCAGCUCAUCAACCACUUCCCGAACCAUUACGAGCUGUCGCGGAAAGAUUUGCUGGUGAAGAACAUCAAACGCUACCGGAAGGAUCUCGAGCGCGAUGGGAACCCGCUGGCGGAAAAGACGGAAGCAAACAUUCCGGGAGGGUCCAAGUAUCUGUACCUCGACUUCAUACCGAUCACGUUCGUCCUGCCGGCCGAUUACAACAUGUUCGUGGAGGAGUACCGCAAAAAUCCUCAGAGUACGUGGAUCAUGAAACCGUGCGGUAAGUCCCAGGGUGCAGGCAUUUUUCUCAUCAACAAGCUGUCUAAACUAAAGCGCUGGUCCAGGGAGGCUAAGACAUCCUUCCAUCCUCAAAUCGGCAAAGAGAGCUACGUCAUCUCAAGAUACAUCGAGAACCCACUGCUGAUUGGUGGCAAAAAGUUUGACCUCCGGCUGUACGUCCUGGUAACAUCGUUUCGCCCGCUGAAAGCGUAUCUGUUUCGUCUUGGGUUCUGUCGCUUUUGCACGGUCAAGUACGAUACAAGCGUUACCGAGCUGGACAACAUGUACGUCCAUCUUACGAACGUUAGUGUGCAGAAGCACGGAGGUGAAUACAAUAACCAUCAUGGCGGCAAGUGGAGUGUGCAAAAUCUGCGCCUCUAUCUCGAGGGCACGCGUGGGAAGGAAGUAACGGACAAGUUGUUUGGGUCCAUCACUUGGCUUAUAGUACACUCGUUAAAAGCGGUUUCAAGUGUUAUGGCCAGUGAUAGGCACUGCUUCGAAUGCUACGGUUACGAUAUCAUUAUCGAUAAUACAUUGAAACCGUGGCUGGUCGAGGUGAAUGCUUCGCCGUCACUAACUUCGACUACCGCCAACGAUCGCAUCCUGAAGUACAAGCUGAUCGACAACAUCCUCAACAUCGUGCUGCCGCCCGACGGAGUGCCUGAUGUGCGAUGGAAUAAGAUUCCAAGCCCGGAUAUGUUGGGCAAUUUUGACUUGCUGAUAGAUGAGGAGAUAGCAGCGCAGGACGAUAAUAUGCAGAACAGCAACAAUGGUAAACAUCGCUCUAACAGCAAUAGAUGGAAAUAGCAGCUAAAUUAAUUGGGAUGCAGACACUUUUGAACGACUGAAAUAAAUUAGUCAAACAACUGGAAAUGUCCGUACACGGGAACGGAGCCCGAUCUUUUGCGGAACGGGGCCAGCAAACACACACAA